AUGUCUCUCCAAACUCCGCUAUGCUCUCUACUUAAAAUCCAGCACCCGGUCCUUCUAGCUGGAAUGGCUCGCGCCUCUGGAGCUCCCCUCGCAGCUGCAGUUUCAAACGCAGGGGGUCUCGGCACCGUAGGCGGACUAGGCUACACACCCGACCAACUAUCAGAGAUGCUAACAGAGCUAAAAUCUCUGCUGCGCGAUCCUUCACUACCAUUUGGUGUGGAUCUAGCUCUACCACAAGUAGGCGGAAGCGCACGCGCCACAAAUCACGACUACACACACGGCCAACUAGACGAGCUAGUUGAGGUAGCUAUCUCUCAUGGUGCAAAGCUGUUCGUCUCGGCCGUUGGCGUCCCGCCCGAGAAAACUAUUAAACGAUUACAUGAAGCCGGACUCCUCAUUAUGAAUAUGGUUGGAGCUCCUAAGCACGCGGAGAAGGCGUUCCAGCUUGGAGUGGAUAUUGUUUGUGCGCAGGGAGGCGAGGGUGGUGGACAUACGGGAGAUAUUCCGUUCUCGGUGCUGAUUCCUGCUGUUGUGGAUGUUGCGCGGAAGUAUAAGAGCCCUUUGACAGGGCAGCCGGCGCAGGUUGUCGCGGCGGGAGGUAUCAAUGAUGGACGAAGUCUUGCGGCGUCGUUGAUGCUGGGUGCAUCUGGUGUGUGGGUUGGGACUCGAUUUGUGGCUUCUGAGGAGAGUGGUGCGAGUCGAUUACACAAGGAGGCUGUUGUUGGGGCGCAGUAUGGGGAGACGAAGCGAACAUUGGUUGUUUCGGGGCGGCCGUUGCGCAUGUUGCCUAAUGAUUAUGUUAAGGAGUGGGAGAGUCGCCCGGCUGAUAUUGCUGAAUUGACGGGGAAGGGAAUUGUACCGAUGAUGCAUGAUCUUGAGAAUGAGAAGGAUAUUGAUAUGCCUUUCUUGAUGGGUGAUGUUUCAGCAAGUGUCAAGGCGAUCAAACCAGCUGGUGUGAUUGUGAAGGAGAUGGUUGAAGAAGCUGUGGAGGUUUUGAAGACAGGAAAUUCGUACAUCACUAGUGGGCAUGCGAGCAAACUUUAG